AUGUCCCAACCCACAGAAACUUCCCCUACCAUCCUUCUCUUCGCCCGAGGCACUCUUGCCCUGCUCGACCUCUGGCCUGCCCUUACUAUUGCCGUCGCCGAGGAAUGGGGAGGCUCCGAGUCUGCAGACAAGAAGACUUGGAUCGCAUCCACCCUCAUUGACGAGUUUGAAUCUCGUGCCACCUACCUCCCUGCCGACCCUGCCACACCAGCGGCCGCUCCUACGGUUGACCCGAACGAUGCCAACGACCCUCCUCUCGACCAAGACGACCUCAUCGACCUCCUCACUCAAAUUAUGGAGGAUGAGUUUGAGGCUAGGCUGGAGGAUGGGUCUAUCGAGUCGGUGGCUUCUGACCUUACGAGGUUGUGGAAGCAUGUCUUGACAGAAGCCAACCCCGAGGCUAUCGUGUCGACGUUGGAGAACAAGGCGAGGGAGGUCAGGAAGUCGGGUGUGCAGGCGUCCAAGGGGGCUGCUGCUGAAGAGGACGAUUCGUCGAGUGGAGAGGACGAGGAUGAUAUGGAGGUGGAUGGAGAUCAGGCGCCCCAGCUGGAGGCUAGCGAGCCUAGGAGAGAGAGACAGGAGCCCGUUGUGGAUGAAGAUGGAUUUGAGAUGGUGCAGAAGGGGCGUAGACGGUAG